UCGCAAGUCGCAGGGCUACUAGAGAGAGAGAGAGAGAGAGAGAGAGAGAGAGAGAGCAAUGGAGAGGAUCGCCGGCGGCUCCGAUUCUCCGGCGAGAUCACCACCGCCGGUUCACCCAUUGGUAGCCCCUCUCGAGUACUUGCUUGGAAAAUGGCGAGGUGAAGGGGAGGGUGGUUAUCCGACCAUCAACUCCUUCAGCUAUGGAGAAGAGCUCGUCUUCUCCCACUCCGGCAAGCCGGUGAUUUCCUAUUCCCAGAAGACAUGGAAGCUGGCCUCCGGUGAGCCGAUGCACGCCGAGAGCGGGUAUUGGCGCCCUCGUCCUGAUGGCUCCAUCGACGUCGUCAUCGCUCAGAGCACAGGUCUCGUUGAGGUUCAGAAAGGUUCAUAUGAUGCUGAAAAUAAGAUUGUGACUCUCAAAAGUGAACUUGUUGGGAAUGCAUCAAAGGUGAAGGACAUAACUAGGGUUUUUACAGUGACAAACGGUGAGUUGUCUUAUGUAGUUCAGAUGGCAACACAGUUAACAAGCCUUCAACCUCAUCUUAAAGCCCUUCUCAAGAAGCUUUAAUAUAUAUAUGACCCACUAGAGGAACAAUGCUACACCUUUAUUUGUGAUGUAUUGGCUGGAAGCUACAGUUGUGUUUUUAGGUAUUUUGAAUACCUGGCCUAAGGAAUAAACUAUAAAGGUUCUCUAAUUCUGAACUUUAGUUA